AACAUUUAAUAAUACGGUCUUUGUUAUAAAUGCCAAAGACCGUAAAAUUACGAUAAACGCAUUUGGACAAUUAACGCAUUUUUGUGGAUCGUUGUGGUUUCAAAACAGCUGAUUUAUAACCCACAAUUUGGUUUUCUUGUUAUUUAACAAAUUUUGUUCAGCCAAAGGAGCAGAAUUAUUAGAAUCAUCAAUAAGAAGACAUGAGUUAUUAUGGAUUAUUUGACGAAAAUAGUAGGUGAUAAACAAACAGAAACAAAACAAACAGAAAAACCAGUGACAAAAGCAGAAACAACUAAUAAAAACUCUACAGAAGAACGUACAAAAGAAUGGGGUUAUGAUUUGUAUCCGGAACGCAAAAGCGAAGAGUACAAACCGAAAUGGUCGAAUGUAUUGCUUGGUUUGGAGGGUCGCGAAAAUAUAGAUAGGAUAAAAUGUGAAAAAAAUGUGUAUUGGUGUGCCAAAAACAGUCCGCUUGUUAAGUUAAUGAUGGGAGCACUACGUAGUUCAGGUUGUCCAAUAGAUUUGCGGCGGCACAUAUCCUGUGAAGUAUGCGAUAAAUCAGUAACUGGUGGCUAUGAUCCUGUAUUGAACCAAGUUGUUGUUUGUCAAAAUAUGGCGAAAGAUAAAGGCAUGGUACAAGGUGUGUUGACACACGAAAUGAUACAUAUGUUCGACUAUUGUACGAAUGACAUGGACUUCAAAAACAUAGACCACUUGGCGUGCACUGAAAUACGUGCGGCCAAUUUAGCACAUUGUUCUUUCAUGAGUGCUUUGGUGCAAGGUGAAACAUCUGUAUUUAAUAUCAAACAAUCGCAUCAGAAUUGCGUGAAAUCGAAAGCAGUGCAGUCGGUAUUAGCGGUGCGAAAUGUAACCAAAGAGCAAGCACUAGAAGCAGUGGAACGUGUGUUCCCCAAAUGCUAUGCAGAUUUAGAGCCCAUUGGCAGGCGUAUACGUAGAAACUCGCCUGAUCAACAUAGAGCAUAUUUAGAAGGUCCAAUGUAUGGUUACGAUAUUUAUUAAAACAUAUUUUUAGUUAGGCA